AUGCAACGGAGCAGUCAAGUGGCGUCGCGCGUUCUUCAUCUGGAUCCAACCACCCACGUUACGCUUGCCCUCCUUCCGACACACCAAGCAUCGAACUUGAGCACCAUCGGAAGAGAUUUCGAAGACACCUAUAGUGCAGCUCCCAGGGUGCCUUGGGCAUCAGGUCCACUGGCCGAAAUGGGUGGGAACUGGAGGGGGAAGGGAUUAACCGCCUUUGACAUUCGGCGCUCAGCGGGAUCGACAUCCAGGCAGCAACUCCUAUACGGCAUCAAGACCAAAACUUCCCUCCUUCAUCGCCUCUUGGCUCCCGAAAUACGUCCCCAGGCCCGUCAUCAUUCUCCGCCACCGCUGUCAGUUGCCGACCGUAUUCGAUGCGGGGAGCAGGUUCUCAAGAAGCUCAAGGUGUCCGACCGGUACCAGCCUUUGCUUCGACAGUUUUUCGAGACAAAAAGUCACGAAGAACGCGAAAUCAUCACAUUCGUAGCUACCGUCGCAUUUCAUGAAGAGGCCAUGGCUUUAGCAGUUGUCAAAGCCGAGCAGUGGGCACCAACUAGCGACCAAAUGAAGGCUAUCCGCAAGCACUCUCGGGUAAUGCUGCUGCUGCCCGAGUUGCGCUUCUUCGACAGCGCGUCCGAGCUAGCGUUAACGGCUGCGCUUCUGAAGAGCACACGCUACGGGUUUCCCACCGAGGAGAACGACGCUGCGCAUGACAGCUUGGUCGUCGUUUGUGCACGCCAGAUGAGCCUCGCCAAGAAUACACUCAAAACGAAGGUCAAGGAAUCCGUUGCUGCUCAAAUGCACAUCACGCAGCUCGUGCAGGACCUGGUCAAUGACUUUGCGCCAGACCUUAGCCCGACCCUUGCCCUGCACCAUCGGAUUGCUCUCAUGCGCAUGGAGAUCGAAAAGUCACACCCCAACCGAAAAUUUUGGGCCAUGGUUGACGAUGAGCUGGAGGCACUCUAUGGAGCGACACCGGAGGAAUAUGUUGGAGCGCUCCAGCUCUGCUACGAGCUCGACCAGGAACGUUAUCCGCCCACAGCCGGCGCCAAUCCGUGCAUCUUUGCUACAGAAAUACCAUCGAAGGCAUGGAUUCGGUACCUGCGCGCAGAGGCAAAAACGGUCAAGCGAGGCCAGCCGCGCGGUCAGAAGCGCAAGAGUAGGGAUCGGGAUAACUCGGAUAGUGAUGAGGAUGGCGAUGCGGAGCCAGUGGGGGAUGGGAACGUGGAGCCGGGUACCUCAGGGUUGCACAGUGUAGUUGAGAACAACAUCAGCGAUGGUGAUGGCGAACCAGUCGUCGAUACAUUAGAUGAAUAA